UUGAUAGCUCUCGUUAGAAUCUCCUUUCUCAUUAUUUCCCAAAAAAAUUGGUGUUUCUCAUUUCUCAUAAUGGUCAACUCUGUCCUAAGGAAGCCUCUGCCUUUGACUUCUCUAAAUCACAUAUCUCUUGUCUGCAAAUCUGUAGAAGAAUCAGUUAAUUUCUAUGAAAAUGUGUUGGGUUUUGUUCCAAUCAAGAGGCCUGGGUCCUUUGGCUUUGAUGGAGCCUGGUUGUUUAAUUAUGGAGUGGGCAUACAUCUGCUGCAAUGUGACAACACUGACAAUUUGCCCAAGAAAUCUGAAAUUGAUCCAAUGGAUAAUCACAUAUCAUUUCAGUGCGAAAGUAUGGAGGCAGUGGAGAAGAUAUUAGAGGACAUGAAGAUAAAGUACGUGAAGAGAAGAGUGGAGGAAGGGGGAUUAUAUAUUGACCAAAUAUUUAUGCACGAUCCAGAUGGCUUCAUGAUUGAGAUGUGCAAUUGUGAGAUUCUGCCGGUUGUGCCAUUGGGAUCUUCUGGCUGUCUGAGAGUACCAUCCGCCAUUAAGCAGAGCAACAGUAAACAAUCUCUGUUAAAACUUUCCAGUAAUACAGAACAUCAUGAAGGCUUUCCCAUCUGCGGCUAAGCCCAUCUCUCUUUCUUCUCAGGAUCUGCCUAGGCAGAUGUUAUUGUAAUUAUGAUUUCUUAAUUGGUUAUUAUUUGGGGAUGAUGGAUUUUUUGGGGUUCAAAGUUAAUAUUUAUCCUUUG